AUGGAACAGACACCUGAGCAAUCGCCACCCCCAUCAACCAGUUUAGGUCCAUCAUUAAGUCCGAAACAUAAAAAGAGAAAACCAGUGGCUUUAGUAGAAGAUGAUUUCUUUUCCCUUAGUUCAUCAAUGUCAGAUAUAAGAAAACAUAAGAAGAAACAUAAGAAACAUAAGAAGCAAGGUAAAGAUGCUUCAUUCUCAGCUAGCCCAACAAUAUCUGACCAACGCCUGUUUUCAACAGGAGAAAUGUCACUGCCUCUGUCUUUCAAUGUUCCUGGUAAUGAUGAUAUUAAAUCGAUACCUGCACUGGCAGAUAUUCAUUCGACCUCAUUGACAAAGAAUUCUGAUAGUAUAGCCACCGUUGUGGAUGAAGAUCUAGAAGUAAUUGAAGUUGUAGAGGUUGGAAGAGCAUCAAAUGCAAGUAUAAUAAUAGAUGAUGAAAAUCCAUUUGAUCAAGUUGAAGCAAGCGUACCAAUACGACAUAAUUCAAGUAAAGACGAUGACGAUUUGGAUUUCGAUUUUGAUUAUCUCGAUUCUACCAUACCCAAAACAACAACAGCCACAGCCACCACCUCCACCUCCACUACGAAAACCACUACAACAACAGAGUCAGGUCCACCUGACAAAUAUGACUUCUCCGAUGCCAACGAGAAAAAACGACGCUAUAUCAUCCGUAUCACCUCCAAACUCCCCCUUCCCUCCGACUUCGCCACCCCCAUUGAAUUUGGAACCAAAGGACUCAAGAAAUUCGAUAAGAUUCAUAAAUCAAUCCUAUCCCAUUUUCGCACCAUAUUCGCCCCCCAAUUAGAAUCAUUUUAUUUAGAUCGAUAUUCAACUGAAUUAACUAAUUUAGUCUGGAUUGAAGGAAAAACAUUAAUUCAACCAUUUUAUACCCCAAAAACAUUUCGAAUUCCCCCACCUGCUAGUUUUAAUCAUUUGAUUGAUGAUGUGAAUGCGAUGGAACCUACUAUUGUCAGUUGUUUGUUGAUACCCAGGGAGAAUAGUUUGCUGUUUUUGGGAAUAUAUCCUGAAUUCCAGCCGAAUGCUGGGGUGGCGGAUUUGGAGGAUCAACUUGAUGAAGAUCAGGUGGAGCCGGUUAUAGAGAUGAGUUAUCAUGCUUCCAGUGAUGAUGAUGAUGAGGAGGAGGAGGAUGAGGAUGACGUCGAAGUGACCGCAAUAGACGUUGGUGAAGACAAUGAUGAGGAGGAGGGUUUCUUUGUUAUUGGAUUAAAGGGGAAAGAUAAUAAAAGAAUUGAAGUAAAAGUAUCACCUGAAACUAAAUUACGUAAUUUAUUAUUACAUUAUUUGAAAAAGAAAGAAAUUGAUGAAAGUACAAUAUCUUUAUCACUGGCUAAACUUAUUUUUGAUGAUGAAGAAAUGAAUUUAGAUGAUUUGGUUAAAGAUACUGAACUUGAACAAGAUUUUGAAAUUCAAGUUGUACUUUGA